GCUGAACAUCAGUGUGACUGUGGACUUGGACUUUCUCUCCCUGUCAUUUGGACUCAGUCAUGUCAAACAACAGCGCCGCCAACAGCAGCUUAGUGAUCGCCCAGAAGGCAGUGAAGCAGCUUCGACUGGAGGCCAGCGUCCGCAGGAUCAAGGUUUCUCAGGCCGCUGCAGAACUGAAGACCUUCUGUUUGCAAAAUGCCCACAAAGACCCUCUCCUCACCGGCGUGCCCUCCAGUGACAACCCGUUCAGGCCUCCCAAGUCAUGUGUCCUCCUCUGAGGAUUGUGAAGGAGUCAAAGAUCAUUCCGAUGUGGAUUUCUGUGACGUACAACACUGCUGAAGACAAUUAUAAUUAUAUAUAUGUUCAUAUGGUUACACAACAGACCUUAAUGCCAUAAUUCUGUCUUCAUGACCAAAUUAAAUACUUUUAACCACAACUCAGUUACAGUAGAAUUACACUUUCAACAGUGGUGGAUGAAAAACGUCUGUAUCUGAUGACAAGGAGAUCCAUGAAAGUCACACUGGAAGAUACCAGAUUUCUGUUUAUGAAUGUUGCUUGGAACAAUCUAAUUUAAUGUGUUUGUUCUUUUCUACAACUUUCUAGCACAAAUCAGAACUGUGAAAGCAAAAAAAAAUUAGUUUUUUCAUUACUGCAUUGGUAUUUUCUUUUUUAAAAAAAAAAGCAAAAGGCUUCAGUUUUGGAGACAAAGGAACCUUUAAAUGACUUUAGUGAUCCAAUAUUAACAAUUAAACACUAGCAUUAGUUCAGUUAUCUCUGUCACUGAAGCUGUCUUGUAUAAAUUUUGCAUCUUAGUUUUAGAAAACAAAAAAUUCACUAAGCUGCAAUAAUGAGUCCAUUCAUUUACUGAUUUGUCAACACAAAGUUAAGCUAAUGGACUCAUCCUUUUAGACAAAAAACACUGAUUAUUUUCUGAUUUGAUUGUCUUUAAUAUAAAGGUUUGAUGUGUUUCUGUGUUUUAUGUGAUUGUAACCUGAAUAUCUUUGGUUUUAAAUUAAAUUAAUAUUCCAAAUGUAAACUAUCAUGUUAGCUCAUUCUUAAGAUGCUACUAUGUCAUUUUGAAAACAUUAAAUUAUUACUACAUUAA